GAGGAGGAGCCAAGAAACAAAUUAAUUUCUGGUCCACACCAGCCGAUUCUAUUGCUGUCGUGAGUAUGACGAACUAAUGACCUAUUCGUCAAACCCGGCCCGCGGAUUCAUGAACGACGCCGUUUUUUGGGCAUCGGUGGAUUUCCCUCCUGGUAAGAAAAGCGUUUCAUAAGGGGAAUGAUUUUGGCUUCGCAUCAGAUCCAAACCGGAGGGUGAAGAAAAAGAAAUUCGGAGUUGAGAGAACCAGUCAACCUUAGUAUUUGUAGUCGCCAGCAAUGGCGGCACCUAAGUCCAGAGGUACCACGCAAGGCUCACACGGGAUGAAUGCAAGGGUUUGGCUGUAUUCGAUCCUCCUCACCUUGCAAUAUGGAGCUCAGCCUUUGAUUUCUAAAUGGUUCAUCAGAAAAGAAGUUAUUGUAACUUCAUCUGUUUUGGCAUGUGAGAUUGUAAAGGUUAUAUGCGCAGUAAUUUUCAUGGCAAGGGAGGGCACUUUAAAGAAAGCAUGCAAAGAAUGGACUGUGAUUGGUGCAUUGACUGCAUCAGGACUUCCUGCAGCUAUCUAUGCUCUUCAAAAUAGCUUGUUGCAAAUUUCGUACAGGAAUCUUGAUUCACUCACUUUCACAAUGCUGAAUCAGACAAAGAUACUUUUCACUGCAUUCUUUACAUACUUAAUAUUGAGGCAGAAACAAUCAAUUCAACAAAUUGGGGCUUUGUUCUUGUUGAUAGUUGCUGCUGUUCUUUUAAGCAUUGGUGAAAGCUCUAGCAAAGGUUCUACUGGUGGUAAUGCCGAUCAGAUUUUAUUUUAUGGGAUUGUUCCAGUAUUAGUUGCUUCAGUGCUCUCUGGGUUGGCUUCUGCAUUGUGUCAAUGGGCCUCUCAGGUUAAAAGACACUCAUCAUACUUGAUGACAAUAGAGAUGUCUAUCGUUGGGAGUCUAUGUUUGUGUCUUAGUACUUUGAAAUCUCCAGAUGGGAAAGCUAUGAGAGAAAAGGGGUUCUUUUAUGGUUGGACUCCUUUAACUUUGAUCCCAGUGAUUUCCAAUGCCCUUGGUGGAAUUCUUGUAGGUUUAAUUACAACCCAUGCCGGUGGUGUUAGAAAGGGAUUUGUCAUUGUUUCUGCACUUCUAGUUACAGCAUUGUUGCAGUUCAUUUUUGAAGGAAAACCACCUUCCAUAUGUUGCCUUGUGGCUCUUCCACUUGUGGUCAGUAGCAUUUCAAUAUACCAAAAAUAUCCCUACCAGCUUAAGAAGAAGGUGUCGUAAAGCCUAACCGCAACAGGAUUUGGAAUGCAUGACAUCGAUUGUUUCUUUGUAUCCAAAAUAUAUGCGUCUUGUAUAUGAUAGAAAGUAGAAAUUCUUCUCAAAUCCGACCUGGACUACUAAUCAAUAUAAUUAGGAUUGUAUUCAUAUUCUGGCCUCUUCAUUUUGUAACAGACGGCAUGAUAAUGAAAUUCAUUAAGAAAAAGCAUUUUAUAUUUAUUAUGUUUCACUUGCUAUCUUAUUAUUCAUUAUUUUUUAUUUGAUAUGGUUCAUGUGUUUGUAAUCUAAACGUAUUCUUGGCCCAUGGCAGUUAAAUAUAUAUUAAUAUAAUUGUAUUGA